CCUACCCAUUCCUUGCUUUGACUUAAAUAUUUCUGGUGAAGAACAUCAGACAGAUCUUCUAGGGAGUAAAAGGAAGUUGGAAGAUAUAUCAUCCAAAGAAAAACGGAGCAACUUGCCAUUAUUUUGGAGACAGCAAAAAAAGAACAUCUCAGAACUGGGGCCUCAUCCUUUAAUUUUUUUAACACGAGAGAAAAAGAGGAAUUGUUCUUCAGCCGCAGAAGCCAUGGAUCACACAGCGAAGUGGAGAACACCACUCCUGAAGCACCCAUAUCUCAAACUCUUUCAGCUCUUGAUGCUAGCUAAUCUUUAUCACUUCUGUUCAGGUAUCAUCCAGGUGAACAAGACAGUGAAAGAAGCAGCAGUACUAUCCUGUGAUUACAACAUUUCUACCAAAGACCUGAAGGAAAUUCGAAUCUAUUGGCAAAAGGAUGAUGAAAUGGUGUUGGCUGUCAUGUCUGGCAAAGUACAAGUAUGGCCCAAGUAUAAGAACCGCACAGUCACGGACAUCACCGAUAACCACUCCAUUGUGAUCAUGGCUCUGCGCCUGUCAGACAAUGGCAAAUACACCUGUAUCAUUCAAAAGACUGAAAAAGGGGCUUACAUAGUGAAACACCUGACUUCGGUGAUGUUAUUGGUCAGAGCUGACUUCCCUGUCCCUAGUAUAACUGAUGUUGGAAAUCCAUCUCAUAACAUCAAAAGGAUAAUGUGCUUAACCUCUGGAGGUUUUCCAAAGCCUCACCUCUCCUGGUUGGAAAAUGAAGAAGAAUUAAAUGCCAUCAACACAACAGUUUCCCAAGAUCCUGAAACUGAGCUCUACACUAUUAGUAGUGAACUGGAUUUCAAUAUGACAAACAACCAUAGCUUCCUGUGUCUUGUCAAGUAUGGAAACUUAAUAGUAUCACAGAUCUUCAACUGGCAAAAAUCAGAGCUUCAGCCUUCUAAUAAUCAGUUCUGGGUCAUUAUCCUGAGCUCAGUAAGUGGGAUUGUUGUGCUCACUGCACUUACCCUAAGCUGCCUAGUCCACAGACCUGCUGAAAGACGGAGACAAAGAGAAAUGGGGAGAGCAUGGAAAUGGAAAAGAUCCCACCUGUCUACAUAGGCUCUGCAGAAGCAUUGUAUGAGCAGAGCAUCUGGAGGUCCCAUCUCCAUCUUAGAUUGACCUCUUCUUUGAAGUUCCUCAGAUGGCCAGGAUUACCCCACCUUGUACUUCAUGUAUGUUUUCUAGGAGCCUCUUCAUUUCAGUGGCUCUGCAGAAAGUGACUAGUGGGAUUCAGAGGGAACAUUAGUAGCUCUGGUAAGCUUGGUCAAAGAAUUUAGAAACACAGAAUUGCUUAGGCCUGGAAGAGGCCUGGAAGAGACAUGGGAAAAUACUUGUUAACGACAAGGACAUCAAGGCUCAGGAGGUGACCUGAAUGAUCAAGGCCAGAGCCAGAACCAGAUUUCCUGUCUCUGGUGCUCUUUUCCAUCAUUAGUCUGGGUCUGUGCUAUUAAUUGGUGUAUAUAUACACACACACACCAGCCAAAAUGCUUCUGGAAAAAGAAUUUGUCCAAUGUCAGGUCAACUUUACAGACUUGAUUUGAUGCAACACUGGAAGACUUUAUGUUGUAAAAAGCAAUCUGAUGCUAAUGUGUGGGCAGUGUGCUGGUAUGUAUACCAAUAUGAGGAUGAUGGAAACAUU